GUUUCUUUUUUGGUUGAAACAUAUUUGAUGUAUAACAUUGCCUAAGGGUAAGGUGUGUACCAUGUUGUUUUGAUACAUUUGUGUCUUGUAAUACCAUUGGCAUUAGCAAGAGCACCUCUAUCACAUCAAGGGAGCCAAGAACACCCAAUGGGGAAAAGGAUGGUCUCUUCAACAGGUGCUGGGAAAACUGGAUAAACACAUACAGAACAAUGAAAUUGGUCCCCUAUUUUAUACUCUUCAGAAAAAGUAACUUGAAAUGGGCCCAAGACUUAAACAUAAGACCUGAUACCUAGAAGACGAGGUAGGGAAGAAGCCCUGUGACAUUGGUCUUGGCAAUGAUUGUUUUGGCUAGAACACCAAAAGCAUAAAUGGAAGCCAAAAUAAACAAGAGGGACCACAUCAAACUAAAAACCUUCUUCGCAGCAAAAGAAACAACAGAAUGGAAAGACAGCGUGCAGAAUGGGAGACACAUUUUGUAAACCAUGUAUCAGAUAAGAGGCUAACAUCCUAAAUCUGUAAAGAGCUCAUGCAACUCAACAAUAACAACAGCAACAAAAACCACCUGACUAAAACAUGGACAGAGGAACUAAAUACGCAUUUUUUUUUUUCAGAGAAGAUGUCCGAAUGGCCUACAGAAGUCCACAAAAGCAAAAGUUCCUCUGGCCCACAAGAGUCACGUUUCCAAGCUGCCUUAAACUUGUAUUUAGUAGCCGCCCUCUGUCCUGCCCCUCACUGGAAGGCCCCUGUGGCCCCGGCAGAUAGACGAUGAGCAGCCACGGGAACAGCCUGUUCCUGCGGGAGAGUGGCCAGCGCCUGGGCCGGGUGGGCUGGCUGCAGCGGCUGCAAGAAAGUCUGCAGCAGAGGGCACUGCGCACGCGCCUGCGCCUGCAGACCAUGACCCGUGAGCACGUGCUGCGCUUCCUGCGCCGGAACGCCUUCAUCCUGCUGACCGUCAGCGCGGUGGUCAUCGGGGUCAGCCUGGCCUUUGCCUUGCGCCCGUACCAGCUUACCUACCGGCAGAUCAAGUACUUCUCUUUCCCCGGAGAGCUUCUCAUGAGGAUGCUGCAGAUGCUGGUGCUGCCGCUCAUUGUCUCCAGCCUGGUCACAGGUAUGGCGUCCCUGGAUAACAAGGCAACAGGCCGGAUGGGGAUGCGGGCAGCUGUAUACUACAUGGUGACCACGGUCAUUGCUGUCUUCAUUGGCAUCCUCAUGGUCACCAUCAUCCACCCUGGGAAGGGUUCCAAGGAGGGGCUGCACCGCGAGGGCCGCAUUGAGACCAUCCCCACAGCUGAUGCCUUCAUGGACCUGGUCAGAAAUAUGUUUCCACCCAACCUUGUGGAGGCCUGCUUCAAACAGUUCAAGACGCAGUACAGCACAAGGUUGGUAACUAGGACCAUAGUGAGGACAGAGAAUGGAUCUGAGCCGGGCACCGCCAUGCCUCCCCCAUCCUCGAUGGACAACGGAACCAGCCUCCUGGAAAAUGUCACAUGGGCCUUGGGCACCCUACAGGAGGUGCUGAGCUUCGAGGAGACUGUGCCUGUGCCUGGCUCAGCCAAUGGCAUCAAUGCCCUGGGCCUCGUGGUCUUCUCUGUGGCCUUUGGGCUGGUCAUCGGUGGCAUGAAACACAAGGGCCGAGUCCUGCGGGAUUUCUUCGACAGCCUCAAUGAGGCUAUAAUGAGGAUGGUGGGCAUCAUUAUCUGGUACGCACCCGUGGGCAUCCUGUUCCUGAUUGCUGGGAAGAUCCUCGAGAUGGAAGACAUGGCCGUCCUGGGGGGUCAGCUGGGCAUGUACACCCUGACCGUCAUCGUGGGCUUGUUCCUCCAUGCUGGUGGUGUCCUGCCCCUCAUCUACUUCCUCAUCACCCACCGGAACCCCUUCCCCUUCAUUGGGGGCGUGCUGCAGGCCCUCAUCACUGCCAUGGGCACGUCUUCCAGCUCUGCGACGCUGCCCAUCACCUUCCGCUGCCUGGAGGAGGGCCUAGGUGUGGACCGACGCAUCACCAGGUUUGUGCUGCCUGUGGGGGCCACCGUCAACAUGGACGGGACCGCCCUGUACGAGGCCCUGGCCGCCAUCUUCAUUGCGCAAGUCAACAACUACGAGCUCAACCUGGGCCAGAUCACAACUAUCAGUAUCACGGCGACAGCAGCCAGCGUUGGGGCUGCUGGCAUCCCCCAGGCGGGUCUCGUCACCAUGGUCAUUGUCCUCACAUCAGUGGGCCUGCCCACUGAAGACAUCACGCUGAUCAUAGCGGUGGACUGGUUCCUUGACCGGCUUCGCACAAUGACCAAUGUUCUGGGGGACUCUAUUGGAGCAGCCGUCAUUGAGCAUUUGUCUCAGCGGGAGCUGGAGCUGCAGGAAGCCGAGCUCACCCUCCCCAGCCUGGGGAAGCCCUACAAGUCGCUCAUGGCACAAGAGAAGGGGGCGUCCAGGGGCCGGGGAGGCAACGAGAGUGCCAUGUGAGGGGACCCCAGCCCUGCUGCCCAUAGAGGAGGGAACGGGGCUGGGGAGGGGGGGUCCUAGGGAAGACCCGCUGCCCGAAUGACUGUGCGCUGAACACACGUGUUCUGUCCAGCUUGUUUGGUGGAAACUAAGAUAAAGGAGCAGGAACCAAAGGGUGUCCGAGGCCUCCAUUUCUCUCUGGGCGCAUGCAGAGAACUCGCGGAGGGCAGUGAGCUUCGGGUCCGACAAGCGGAGGGGUCAGCUCAUGCCCUUUAUUUUCUCAAGGAGUGGUGGAAUUGAAGGAAGUAAGGGAUAACCGCCAUUUAUCAUAAUAAAACAAUGUGUAUGACCUCUGUGUCGGGGGUCCCCGAGA